AAGAAAGUGUAGAAUGGAUUCCCAUUACGCAGAAGAGGAAAAGGCAUGCAUCUCUGCAAUGAAGCAUUGCUUUGGUCCAAUAUAUUGUGCAGUUUUGAAUGCAGCAAUUGAGCUAAACUUGUUUGAGAUGAUAGAAAAGGCAUCUCCAACAUCAGUUGGUGUGACAGCAUCUGAUGUUGCCUCUCAACUUCCGACACAACACCCAGAAUUGGGUCGCAGGAUUGAUCGCAUGCUGUCUCUGCUUGCAUCUCACUCUCUUCUCACUUGUUCCACUCGCACAAACCAAGAUGGUGAGACUCAAAGAUUCUACCACCUUUCUCAUCUUGGGUGAACUAUAAGGAGGUACUUUUGGAGUUUGAGAAGGGGUUGUACGAGAAAGUUCAUGGAGUUCCUAUUUAUGAAGGCAU